CAUUUAUAAACUCACCCGAAUACAAGACUACAGUGACAAACAUCGCGUGUACGCUCUGCAUAUUCUUCAUCUAUUAAUGCAUUUAAUUAAACACCAGCCAUAUUCAGGACUCAUAAUUUCAUCAAAAUGUCUGCUUUGAAUUUAAUGAGAUCAUUGAAGUACUCUGCAAUUUGCCAAAGGACAUUUUCGGCUGCAUUUUCAGUUCAACAUUUUGGUGGCAAUGGAUGUGCAGUCCCACGCGUAACGAAUUAUGUGUGCCUUCCGGGGGACAAUCCGCUGAACGCGAACGGACUCCAGCCUGUAAAUAUUUCAAGACAUUGUGAUUCACUCACACAACGAUCGUUUGUGCACACAUCUUCAAAUUCAUUCGCAUGGGAUGCUAAAAACAAGAAAGUUUAUCCUCCUCAAAAACCCGGAGAACCUAGAAGUCCUGCUGAAAUCUACUACUCUCGGAAGGAUAUUAAGCAUAGCCAAAGAAAGAUGUGGUAUAUUACUACUUUUAUCAAAGGAAUGAUGAUUGAUGAUGCUGUAGCACAGCUUGAACAUGUGAAUAAGAAAGCAGCGAAGAUAGCAAGAGAGGUCCUUCUGGAAGCCCAAGAAGAAGCAGUGAAAAACCACAAUGUUGAAUUCAAGUCCAAUCUACAUAUAGCGGAAGCACUAGUGGGGAAGGGUAAAUACCAGCAUGCUAUCAGAUUCCAUGCUAAGGGUAGGGCCAGUAUGUUGGACCUAGUCUACUGCCAUCUAAACAUCAAACUCCAGGAAGGACCACCACCAGAGAAACCCAAGUUCACCGGCUAUGAUCAAGCCAAGCACUACAUACAGUCUAAAAGGAACCGGACUAUUAUUGCAGGACUUUGAGUUUCUUGUAUGUAAGACUUUGAGGGUUCAGUGACACAUUUGAUAUCAAAAUGUUCAGAAAAAUGUGGGCUUUCCAGGAAACACAAAGACUCAACUCCACCCAACGCCCCCAUUGAAGUCAAUGGCUAGUGAAACAUAGACUUAAGGCCCAAGUGAUCAGUGACACAUAAACCACCUUUUCUCAAAUUGGAGUUACGUCUGACCAAUUGACUUGGCCUUCUGCUAUAUAUUCAUCAAAAUCCAGGAAUUAGGACAUCCACCAGAGAAACCAAAAAUUACAGACUAUGAUCAAGCAAGGCACUACUUAUAGUCUUAAAAGAACAGGACUGAUAUGGCGGGAAUCUGAGCCCCUAGUAUGCUGGACCUGGUCUAUUCAUCAAAUUCAAGAAAUAUCAAUAUUUAUCGGUUAUGAUGAAGCAAAGCACUACCUGGAUUCCAAAAUGAAUAUGAUUAUUAUUGCAGGACUCUGAACCAAGACAGUCACUCAUGAUACUUUGUAUAUUAUUAUGAUAUAGCAGACCAUUGAACUCUGAACAAGGCAUUUCCUCAGGUGCUUGGUAUUACAUGUACAGUAUUGUGUUAAAUGAAGAUCAUAUAGAACAAAUAUUUUGCGGGACUCUGAAAUGGGAUAUUCUCUAACCCUGAUUGUAUUUUUUUUUUUGGUGUGUUUUGAAAAAUUCAUAAUUGGACCGCCAUUGCUGGGCUCUUCCUGAGGCUUAUGAUAUUGCUUUUCUAUAUUUAGUGAUAUCUAUAUUGAUGUUAUAACAAAAAAGGAAAUAUCUUGCUCAAAAUUAACAAAGAGGAGUCAAAAUCUCUGGUAAUUAAGAAGCCUGGGAAUAUUUGAGGGUGGCAAAUCAGAAGAGAGGCUUGGUUGAAACAAGCUGGUUUGAUAAGGGCAGAUUACAAUGUAAACAUAGUUUUGAAAGGCCAUUUGAGAUUAAUAUGCUCCUUAAAUAGCCCUCUUCUCUUUAAUAUGGACUUGCCCCUUAAUGGCACCAUAAAUUACAAGUGAUGCAGUCCUAAGAAAUUAUAUCUGUUUCAUUGUAAGAUGUAGCUUACAACAUGGUGACUGUACACAUCCGUCUGAUACUAAUGCUAAUCAAUUAAAUGAAUUGAAACAUUGAAGA